UACUAGAUGUGUGGAUAACUUAUUUCUGAAAUUCCCUUCUUGAUUUCGGGAGGAAUUUUCCAUUUUAUGAAAAUAAAUAUACUUCUGUGAUGACUUUUGUUGAUAUAUCACUGGUGAAGAUACGUUCUAUUCUGUAUUUGACAAUACUAGAUGUGUUAAGAAUUCUGAAUUUUGGAGGGAGGGGCAUUUUUCAAUGGUGCUUUCUCCGUGGAAAAUUAUCUUAUUAUAACCACCCAAGAACUUGUCUAGUUUCUUUUCCUCGUUUGGAUGUUUGGAAAAUGAAUCAUCUUGCUAUAAUCACCCAAGAACUUCUGUCUGGUUAAUUUCUUUUCCUUGUUUGGAUGUUUCCUUAUCUGCCUUUUUUUCCUCAUCCAUCAUCUUCAUCAUACUGUUCUUUAAUCACAACUUUAGUUGGAGGAUUGUGGUGGGCCAUUAGGGAGGAGUUGGUGUGGAGAACUUGAAUUGUAAAUUUGGCAGAAGUUUCAGAAAGUCAGACGGAGAAUCCAUGGGGAUUUGGUGAGAGUGUACUGAGAAAUUCAUUCGAAGUUCACUACAAAAAGUUAUUUUGGAUUUCAGUCCAUGUGAUCGCUAUUUGUGGUCAAGUUCAAGCCUUUAAGAAUCAAAUCAGCUAAAAUGACUAUUCAGUAAUUUGCUGAUGUUAAUACGGACCAAUUGAAUAAAAAAGAAAAAAGAAAAAGAGGCCAUGGCGGCUAGGGAAUGGCACAAUUUCCAUGAGUUUGUUUUCAGCAGCCGGUCCCAAAUGGGGCCGUUGUGGUCCUGAUAUGUCAAGUGACAAAGCAAGUAUAUUCAAGGAUGCCAUGGCUUUUAGCAGGGGUUGAGUACUGUAGUCACUGAUUGAAAGAGAUUUUUUGUCCUUUGUUUUCAUAAUAGAAUUCCUUUCUUGGAAGGAAUACCUCUUUUGGAAAGAUGGGUUGGGACGUAGAAUUAUCUCUGCCAAUAGGACUUGGAAGAAAAGUUGGGACUUAUUGCAACCAGGACAAGAACUUGUCACCUCUUUCUUGCUGAAUUCGACGGUUUUAAGAUCCCAAUUGAGUUUUGAGGAACUGUAGUGGUUGGGUCUCAGGCAGGUUCGGGGAAAGAGCGUGAAUGUGGUUUUCUGCAGACAACAGAAGUCAAGAGCCGUUCUUACAAAAUGUGGAAGAAAGAAAAGGUCUGUGGAAAUUAGGUGAAAGCAUGUGGAAGACAUACUCAUUCGAUUCAUCUGCUUGAAUUUUAAUAUGAUCCAACUGCUGUGGUCACCAGUGACCAGCUUCUAUUAAUAACUAGUCAGAUAGUGAUGGACGCUUAAAACAUUCUUGAUUUCACACCUGUUUGCUUUGUCGGUCAGAUUUCUCUAGGAAAACUCUGCAUGGCCCACUUGGUGAUUGGAACAGAUUGACCCAGACGAGAUCCUUAAUUCAUCAAGGACUUUUUGGUCUAAUCAUUAACUUUUUGUUACUAAAUAUAUACGGCAUUGUUCCUCAGCUCAGCUCAUAUCGAAGUGAGCUUUCUAUUGCUUCCUUCGUUGCUUUGAGUCUCCAUACCUGGUUGAUUUUGCAUUGAGAGAUAUUUAAAUCAAGACCAAAGUUCAUAUUUUCCAUGCCUAAGAUGUUUCCCUUCCAAGCACAAUCGUGCAUUUGCAUGCCUCUGACUGAAUCCAUGCAGCCUAGGAUAAUCAAGACCAGUUCAUCGAUGAUUUCCAGUUCAAUACCUUUGAAGCGAGAAGUUUGCAUUACGAACCAUUUUGUUAAGACUGUUUCUUGCACGAAAGUUUCCCGCAAUGCGAAUUUGGAAAAGCUGCAAAAUGGUUAUUUGUUUCCAGAGAUUGAAAUAAGACAGUUUGAGUAUCUCCAGAAGCACCCAGAUGCCAAGUUGAUUAGCCUUGGGAUUGGUGAUACCACUCAGCCCAUACCACACGUUGUAACAUCAGCUAUGGCUCAGCAUUCACAAGCUCUGUCGACAGCUGAAGGUUACACAGGCUAUGGAGCAGAACAAGGCAACAAGGCAUUACGGAAUGCAAUUGCUGAAACAUUCUAUAAGGAUUUAGGUGUGAAAGGCACUGAAAUUUUUGUAUCAGAUGGUGCACAGUGUGACAUUGCACGCCUUCAGAUGCUCCUGGGAUCCAAUGUCACAGUAGCUGUUCAGGACCCAUCCUUUCCGGCAUACAUAGACACUAGUGUCAUAAUGGGUCAGGCUGGCGAUUUCCAAUCAGAUACAGGGAGGUAUGAGAAGAUUGUGUACAUGAAAUGCACGCCCAGCGGUCACUUCUUUCCUGACUUGUCGACUAUUCCGCGGACGGAUGUGAUUUUCUUCUGCUCUCCAAACAACCCAACUGGCCAUGCUGCAUCAAGGGAGCAAUUGAAGCAACUGGUGGAAUUUGCGAGCAAGAACGGAUCUAUUAUAGUCUGCGACUCUGCAUAUGCAACUUACAUCUCAGAUGACAGCCCAAGAUCCAUUUACGAAAUUCCUGGUGCCAGAGAGGUCGCCAUUGAAAUUUCAUCCUUCUCCAAAUUCGCGGGGUUUACCGGUGUUCGCCUAGGUUGGACCAUAGUCCCUGAGGAGCUGUUAUUUUCCAAUGGAUUUCCAGUUAUAAAGGACUUCAAUCGCAUCGUCUGUACCUGCUUUAGUGGUGCAUCCAACAUUGCUCAGGCUGGUGGGCUAGCUUGCCUUUCGUCAGAAGGUUUUAUGGCCUUACGCCGUGUGAUUGCUUUCUACAAGGAGAAUGCUGAAAUAUUAGCUGAAACAUUUUCGUCGCUCGGCUUGAAGGUGUACGGAGGUAAAAAUGCACCCUACAUUUGGGUCCAUUUCCCAGGUCGGAGAUCGUGGGACGUGUUUUCAGAGAUCCUCGAGAAAACACACAUAAUUACAGUCCCGGGUAUAGGAUUCGGCCCGGGUGGCGACGGGUUUAUCAGAGUUAGCUCAUUCGGUCGUCGGAAAUGCGUUCUUGAGGCUUCAAGGAGGUUGCGGAAUCUCUUCAAAUAAGAAUCUUUUGUGAAUUUUCUUUCGCAAAAAUAAAAACAGUGGUCAUGUUCUUGGAUAGCAUGUUCUUGUCAUCCCUUCAAUGCAGUAGUCUUCUCAAUUUUACAACAUAAGCUUACUACAAGAAAGAAAGACGGCGUGAUUAGACAGAUUUAAACGUGAUUAGACACUUUAUUAGCAUUUUUUUACAUGAAUUUACUCCUUUCAAUCUUACAAUGUAAGCUUACUACUCUACAGUGUGAUUAGACUGUCUUUAAACAUGAUUAGACUCUUUAUUUGAA